AUGUCUUCCGUCCCUCCGCCGGAGCACCGUCCCGCCAAGCGCAUUCGCCAGGCCUGCGAGCCGUGCCGGCGCAAAAAAUCACGUUGUCCGGGAGAGCGGCCCAAUUGCUCGCACUGCUCCCGCCUCGGCCAGACCUGCUACUACGCCACCGACCAUCCGGCGGCUAGCGAAUAUGCCGGCGGCACCACCGAUUCCAAUCGCGAUCGCCACGGCAGUGUCAGCGAGACUGCCGAAUCCGCCGGCCCGCCUGGGCCCUGGGCCGAUCGCCUGAGUGUCUUGGAGACCAAAGUCGCCGAAGUGCUGGGUGCGCUGAACCGCAUCCCGUGGACUGCAAGCCCGCCUACUCCUACCCCUUCUACCGGCCUGAACAGCUUGCCGCCUCCAGUUGAUCAGCCUUCUCCCCCUGCAACAGCAAGCACCCUGCCACAGUGGGACACGAUAGUUUCUGUGGCAGAGCUCUACCUUCUCUACUGCAAUGGCCAACCGCUUCCUCUGUUUGAUCCAAAGACCUUUAUAUCCACCCUAGGCACGAAGGACCCUGAGGUUCUUUUUGGUAUCCUGGCUGUGGCUGUGCGCUUCUCAGAUGAUCCUCUGUACCGUGAUAGGCGAGAGCAAGCCGUCCGGGGAUAUGCAGAGGCCGCUCGCACCCUCGUUAUGCGGAGAGUAUCCCAUGGGCCUAUCGAGCUUUCGACCUUGCAGGCCCUUUGCCUCCUCAGCCUUGUUGACUUCAGCGAUGCAAGGGUGGUCCAAGAUGGUGUCAAAGAUCAGGGCAUAACCGCAUAUGUCAUUCAGCUCAGCCAGUAUUGGCACAAAGCCGUCCGCUACGCACGGCGACGAGCCAACCCCGGCGUGCACUUUCCAUGGUCUGCUGAGUCUGAGUACUCGAAAAUCAUGGUCUCCAUGAUGGAGUUUGAGUCGCACAUGCCUUACAAGCAUCGAUUCCGCCCUUCCAAAUUCGACGAACGACCCACCGAGGAGUUGGAAAAGCAACGAGACUAUUGGUGCCCUUGGUUUUUCUCGCAAAUCAUCUACCAUACUAUUAUGUGUCUACUUAAUCACCCACUGAUCCUCUCCCUACGGCUACGCAAUUUCCGUGUCAGCAUCCCGGAAAUCUUCCUUCAGCACACGGCAGAUUUGAUCGCUUCGCACACCGAUUGGGUCAUCCACCUCGUGGAUCUCGUCGAGGAGAAGUCGUUCCGCGUCACCGACCCGUUCAUCGGUAACUGCGUCGCCGUCGUUGCUACCAUUUACUUGCAGCAGAGCUUCGCCGACGACGCCGGCAUCCGCACCGAGAAGCGCAACAACUUUCUCAAAUGCCUCGAUUUUGUGCGCCGCUUAGGUGCCCACUGGCCGCACAUCGCUCAAAUCGCCUCCAAGCUCCAGUCUUUCGAAGCCACUGUCUCGGCCUCCUACCACGACUCGUCUUCCUCGUCCUCCAACACCCCCUCGGAAACCUCGGGCCAAGUCUUCAUCGACCUGACCACCUUCUGGGAGAUCCUUGAAGGCGUCUUCACAUCAUCGACUGGCGACCUUUCCGGCUCCCUCUUCGGAUCCAGCCUCUGGCCGCACUACCGCGACCCGAGUGGCACCGUCGCAGGUGGCACGUCGCACGGCGAGGUCGUGUCGUCGAGGCUGCUGCCCGAGCCGACGUAUCCGCGCGGAGAAAGCGGCGGCGGCGGCGGCAAUGCGAGGCACAACAGCGUGUCGACGCCGGGAAGCAGCGGUGGGGGUAGUGCAAGUGGAGUAGUGGGGGGUGGAGGAGGGGAUAUCAUGGACUCGAUGGCGUUGGGAAUGGGGGACAACGAUGAGCUGGCCGUACUGGCGCAGAGCUAUUUCGCCCAAGGGCAGGACUUUGUGAGGGGGGUAGACGACUGGUGGUCGUUUGGGCAGGUCUGA